CUCUUUUUAAUUUUUCACUACCUUUGUUAUUGCACUAAUAAGAAUAAAAUCAAAUCUGAUCACUACUAACUAGAUAAACAACAAAAUAAAUUUGGCCAGAAGCAAAUAAGCCCAUAUAUACAUACAAAUGAAUUAUUUACUACCAUUAUGUCAAGGUCGUAUAAAACCUGACGAAUUACCCGUUAUCAGUCCUAGGACUAUCUAUUUUUUCAUUUGUUCAGCUUACACAGAUUUUUCUUUGGAAAGACGCAUAUUACAAGAGAGUACAUAUCACGAUAUUCGUAAAUAUUCGCAAGAAAAAUAUGGGCUUGAUGUUUGUUUUAUCGAUCCCAGACCAUUGGAAGAUAUCGUGCCAUUGGAACAUCUUGGAUAUGCUGACUUGUUUAGAAAACUCAGCUUUCAGUACUGUCGUAAUGACCUUAAUUGCUCUCCAAUUAUACUUCUCGGUCAAAAGUAUGGUUUACCAUUAUUACCAAAACGGAUAUCUGCCAAUAUAUUUGAAUGUAUUAUACAUCGUAUGAGGCAAAAGACCUGUAAUCCAUAUUACAAAGUUCUUCAAGCAGUCGACUUAACAAAAUGGUAUCAUCUAAACCCAAAUAUAAUAGGUGAACCUGAGUGGAAUUUGAAUUCAAUGGACUGUCUAGGAGACAAGCUGAAAGAUGAAUCAUUUGAAAGUCGCAGGAAGAUAAUAAAAGAGUGGAACCAUGAGCGGAAUAUUAUAGCUUGGAUUUUAUAUCACAUUGGAAAUCUGUGUUUACGAGAGAAUCUAAUAACAGAACAAGAUUUUAAUGCGUUGGUAUUAACAGAAUUCCCUCAUGCAUUGUCGCUAUUAAUCAACUCAAGUGAGCCACAUUGUAACGGUUGGACGAAUAACAAAGGAUCAUCCGUAAAUACCGACUGGAUGUUUUCGGAUCCAAUAGUGCUACAGAGGGAAAUUAUUGAUAUUCAUUACUAUUUGAAUGAUGAGUUGAAUACUGAGAAGUAUAUUGAUAUUGUACCAAAGUUAACACCUAUUUUUGGAACGAUAUUUGAUAGCCAGGAUUCUGAUAUGUUGGGAAAACAAUCCAUGGUUGAUCAGGUGCUUCAGGAUAAUCUACAGGUUGUUACAAAACAUUUGAUUCAAAAGAUGCUCAACAAUAAGCCGAAAUUCGAAGACCAAAAACUAAAAGUGCUCUGGAGAUCACCUAAUGGCAUUGAUCGGAAGUUUCAUAAAGAUUAUCUCUCAGAGUUUGUUACACGAUUCAAGAAUCUUGCGUGUGAUGCGAUUGACAGAAGAGCGAGGGCGAAAGUCGCUCUCAUGUUGUCAAAUCUGCCAAGGGAUUCUCUACAAUUAAAAAGUGAGGAAACUGCUGUUCCGUCUAUAGAGUUUGAAAAAAAUGAAGAUAUGGAAAAUACCUUAUCGGCAUCUGUAAUCACUUUUCCACAAAUUCAAAACAGACACACUCAUUUGUCUAGAAAAUUCCAAAGACGUAUUAAUCUCUGGGAUAAUGUGUGGAAUUCGUUAAAUUAUGUUGGGUGGCUAAUACCGGUUGCAAGUUCGUAUAUAAACGAAAUAGAAACUUUAUUAUGUUAUGUAGAAGAUGCUGAUCCAACAGCUCAGGUUCCCAUGCUGGUUUACAGUACCUGUAGAACUACAGAUAAAACAAAUGAGGAACAAUUUUGUUUGGCUAAUGGCGUAGCUGCUUGCUGUUUUCAAGAGGUACAAAAUCGACUUAAUGCUAAUUCAACCGAUUGUUUAUUACUUAUUCGGAUAUACACAAAUCCAACUCUGAUCACAGAUGCUUUGUUAGAUCUGGCUGAACAAAUCAGUGUGGUUUUACAAACUGAUAUCGGUAUAUUAGAAACUACAACUCUAGCCUCCUUCCUGUAUUCACUGUCAUGCUUACAAAGAAAACAUGCUUCAAAAUCAAUUAUCAUCAUACUUGGUGGCAUAGAACACCUUGAAGUCAGCGAGUAUCAGGAUUCUAUGGAAGGCUUACUACCUAUUCUACAAGCAAAACAAUUACCAAGACGUCUGGCCAGCGGAAUAAAGUUGAUAUUAUCUGGUAAUCUGACAAUGACCAAGCUAAAGGAGAACAUUAGAGAGUCAGAGAUGGAAAUUAGUGAUGGAAUUUUAUUACCUACAACAAGUUUAAAUUUGGAGGUAUGCUCUAAAGGUUUAUCUGGAGGAUUUACAAACUGCAUGCACAAUUUAACUAAAUUAAAUCAUUGUUUAACAAACGACCAACUUCUCAGUGUUCAUCAACUGUUUCAAUUAAUUUCCGAAGAAAAGAAUUUACCGAUUUUAGCAUGUGCUGCAGGUUCAUGCAUUUUACCGAAUCUAGCAUGUGAAUAUAUCAAAGAAAAUGACUUAUUAUGUAAGCUGAUCCACACACAUUUGAAUGAUUUCAUCUCCUAUUUCGGAAGAUAUUUCUAUCAUCAUACAGUUGAACACUUUAUUUAUCUACUUAUUAUUGUAAGUAACGAAAAACUUAAUAGUCCGGGUGCAACCAUACAUGAAUUACAGGAGAUUUUAGGUUUACCAUAUGAAAUGCUUUCAAAUCAACCGUCUCAACAGUAUUUUGAAAACAGUAAUACUCCGGUUUUUGAUAAUGGUUGUUUAUUGUUACUGUUACAUUCUUUUGAGAAAAGCUUAACUGCCCGUCUUGGACAUCAAAGUCCAAUUUGUUCUUUAGAUGGGUACUUUGUUUACAAACUUUUUACUAAAAAUCAAGUGGAUCCAAAGACAACAAAUGUGGUCAGCAAUAUGUUGAAGAGUUAUUUUUUGAAUGAAUGGUAUGAAAAAAUUAAAGAUCCGUUUUCCCUAAAACCAUAUAACAUUUCCUUUCAUUCAGUUUACUACACUGUCCCUUGUGGUUCAAACAAUCCUAAGGAGGGUUAUAGUUGUGAUUUACGUGUUUUAAAUUACAAUGUUCGUUACCUGCGACACCUGUCAUUCUGUUUGCUGAAUUCAAAAGAUUAUUACGAGUUCAGCUAUCGAACAAUAUUCUGUUUUGAAUGGCUUUAUGGGAAAAUUUAUUCAAUUGGUGUUGAACCAGUACUGAAUGAUUUGCAAAUUCUCAUCGAUAUGUUGUCUAGUUUAGAUCAGUCCAACUUUACUGAAAAUAUUGAAACAGUCAGAUUUGAAUCAAGUGUUGUACAAAAUAUACUUACACAGUUAAGUAGAUGUUUAUACAAUAAUCCAGACUGUUUACCAACUGAAAUUGUUGGAUAUCUGAUUCGUUUCACUUCAAGAUUCAUUAACUUUGGAAAACAAAUGUCUGGACCUAAAAAAAUUUCUUUAAUUGAUUUACUUGUAAAACAGUGUGAAUUGGAGAUUGUCAAACGAAGUCAUCUGUUACCACUAUAUUCUUAUCCACUUACUCCGGGUAACCCCCUCCUAGGACAAAUCACCUGUGCGACAACUUUAUUAAAUCUACGCAACUUGAAUCAAAAUAACGAUGCGUGGAAAUUAAACCAUCAAAUAUUGAUCAAAUUGAGAAAUGAUCCAAUUAUUUAUCGAUAUGAUUGUCAGCAGGAACGGGAGGUUCCUUGUUGGGAAUCAAGUUCAGGAUAUUUAUACUUGACACCUAAUGGUAAAUACGCCAUUAUUAUAGAUGAAGAGAAGAGAGACACGCUAAAAAUUCAUCAAAUCGACAUAGAUAUCAAUGGUUGCGUACCGUUAAUAGGUCAGAUUAAUCCAGGAUUGUGGAUUAAACCAAUAUGGAUAAGAGACCCUGACAAGGAAACGUUGAGUAUGGAUAUUAUCUUCCUCGAUAUCACUGACGAUUAUGUGGGGUUCAUCGUGCAGACUAAAAAUACACGAAGUUUCUUAAAUCCAAGCGAAUAUGUUGACUAUCUAGAAGAUGGAGAUGAGAAUCUCCACAAUAACGUCUGUGACUGCAAUGAUGGCACAGACAAAAAUAAGACUAAGGGAUCAAUUAAUAAAUCUAUGUCUUUGCACCAUCUCUCCGAAAGUUUAUCUGCUGGUACAAUUAAUCAUGUGGUUAUCUUCGAGUUGACUACAGGAAAGCCUUUACAUCUAAUAAGUCCAACGCCAUGUGCUACGCUAGUUAAACUUGUUCAAGUCAGUAGAAUAAAUGAGAAAUCAUCAUCAAAUGUUAGCAUUGAUGAUAACAAUGAAAGUAUCAAUAGAAGUCGUGAUUUAUUUUUUAUAAAUUCAGCAGACCAUUUACUUGGUUUUCAUCUAAAAUCCGGUGAACAGCAAUUCUCAGUUGAUUUACAGUUUAUGCCACGCAAAAUUUUAGUCAGUAAUGACAAUCAAAGAUUAUUCAUCUUGGAUAGUAAUCACCCAUGUGUUUUACAACUAUUAAUCAAUAAAUUGGGUCAAAUUAACAAAUCGUUUCGAAUUUCUUAUGAUGAUCUAAUCACAAAAGAUAAUAUUCUUGAUAUCAAGUUAUCAAAAUAUCACUCAUUUUUACUGAUCCAUGCUAAAAAGAAUGUAUUAGUUUAUGACUAUGAAAACGAUGCUGUAUUUGUUCAUAUUACACGUCCAACUGGUAUACCAAGAGAAUUCCGACUCCCAAACACAAAAUAUCAGAGUUUAGUUUUUACAGCUGUUGAAUUUGCACUAAACGAUCAAAUUGUCUUAGCUGCAAUAUUUCGUAAUAUUUUAAUAUGGGAUGUACGCCUAGGUGUACAAUUGACUACACUAACAUCAUCCAUCGGAGUUAUCUCACGUUUGCUAGUUGAUCUCUCAGAGAGGCAGUUGAUUGGAUACAUAAGCACGUCAAAGAUUUUAAAUCUAUGGAAUUUACCAUUAGCACUCACAAACGCUGCAUUAAAACAAAAUUCUAAUAUAACGCCUGCCUCACUUUUAAAUGAAAGCAACAGGAUAGAUUGUCUAACUAAACCAAUUAGUCAACUAAUUUACUCGAAUUCGUCCAACAUACUGUUGGUGACCUGUCACAACAGUGAUGAGUUAGGCGUAUUUGACUUACGCAGCGGACAUCUUACUGACGUGUUUACGCAUAAUGGAAUAGUUCAAUCAGUUGUACUUAGUUCAUGUGGUAAGUAUGCUCUAAUUGGUUUGUCUGUAAACAAACAAACUGAGGAAAAUGCAAAUUUAAUCUGGGAUUUAUCCAAAAGACUGAUUGUUGUAGAAUAUGGUAAUCAGGUUGGAUUUCAUAUUGAGCGUACUAAAAAAAGGGGCCACUUUCUUCAUCUAAUGCCAGAGCUGUCUUUGGAUAACAAUAUUCAGGGGUGUUCUUACGUAAUUUUACAGGUGGAAAUUGAUAAAACGAAUAAGGAGGAAAAUAAAGCUACCAUCAAACCAGUUACAUCCGUCAGACUGUCAUCUAUUGUCCCUGGCUCAAAACCUUUUGUGACAUCAGACGAUGAACAUUUAGUCGUCCAAAUGGAAAGUAAUGAUGAAUUAAAGCAAGGUGCUUCUGUGUGCCAAGAACUAGCAUUCUGGAGCUUUUAUUCUUCCGAAAAUGAAAGUACAGAACAAAAUGGGAAAUUAUGGUACACACAUACAAAAGAACUUAAGACUUUACUGACUGAUAACACAGAAUAUGAGUUACACAUUUUAAACUGUGCGCCUAUUCAAAAUGACUCCUCACUACUUGUUGUUAUCUUUGCAAAAUUUAAUGAUCGCAUAAAAUCUGACCUUUCAGUUGAUUGGAUUACAGGUAUGGGGUUACCAAAAGGUAUGCUUUUAGCUGAAAUUGUUAAAAAUGAUCAAAGUGAAUCAUCAAAAGAAUGGAUGCUUGUUCUAUUGAGAUCAAUUACAGGAUUGAGUGAAUGGUCCCCGUUUCAAACUCUUUAUUAUUCUUUUCCUAAGCACGAGCUGUACGAUUCUACCACUGGUCAAUAUUAUAUCCUACCACCAGGAACAAGACAUGUGUCACAUGAGUAUUUCAAGAAGCACAUGCCUCAUUUCACAGUACAAACUAAGCAGUAUACAAAUUGUAACCCAGUAAAAUUUCAUGGUUACAUACUGAACGAUAAUUUGUGCAUUUUCUCUCAUCAUUCAACAAUCUAUUUAGUUAGACCAACAUUAGCCAAAAUUGUUACUUUUAUUGACGUACAACAUACCAUAACAACUAUCAGUAAAAAUCCAUUUAGUGACAGAAGUUUAUUUAUUGGUACCCUUGAUGGCUAUAUUAUUUCAUAUUAUAUUGCCACUGAUGAGAAUUUAAACAGUAAAACCACCGAUACCCAGUUAGUAUUGAAAGAAGCUCAUUUAAACACGAAUUCAAAAGUAACUGAAAGCACUGGUCAACACCUAAACUUCCAUUCUACUCAAGAUAAGAUGAAUGAUAUAAAAUAUUUAGAUCCAAUAAUUCAUUAUCUGCCUUCUAAGCAUAUAAAACCAGAAGACUUUAAGCUUUAUCAACACUGUGGACACUUUGGUGAGAGACGAUCACGAACAUGUUUACUUAUUUGAGUAUAAUAGCUAAAUGAAAUAUAAACUGUUUAGAUUAAUUAAAUGGUUCCGUCUUUUG